UUUCAAAACUCCACCAAUGAAACCGCCUGCAGGGGCACCAUCGAUGGUUUUAGUCAUCGUUUCAGAACCACAAACACUGGUACCUUUCGCCGCGUUUGCGAUGACGCACAAUCAAAAUCGCCGGUUAACACCACAUGAGUGUAGGCGGGGUAUCCAAGUCGGUGGUCCUAGCAGUGUUGGGGAGCCUGGGGGUCGGCGCCAGCGUGGGCUAUAGACUCGCGGCAUCUCUGUUGACCAACAAGGCGGCUGCAGUACAAACCACGAAACCGCGAGUGUACAUCUACGACCAUUGCCCGUUUAGCACCCGCGUGCGCGCCAUCUUCGCGUUGAAGGGGGUGGACGUUGAGAUUGUGUUUUUGCAAAAUCGCGACGAAGCGACCCCCAUUGCACUUGUGGGCUCCAAGGUGGUGCCCAUUCUCGAAACCCCCGACGGGUUGAUCAUGAAGGAAAGCAUGGACAUCGUGCGGUACGUGGACACCCACCUCGGCGGCAAGCCCAUUCUGGCCGAAUCCGAAGCAGCGUCGCGCGAAGACUUGAAAAUGUGGCUUCAAGACUCAGCCGACGUCAUGAACCGACUGUACCAUCCUCGAGCCGAAGUUGGGUACUUUGCCGAAUUCGCCGAGCCGGCGUCGCGAGCGUACUACCGCAAGAAGAAGGAGCCGUCCAUUGGGCCGUUCGAACUUGCCAUUGCAAACUCCCCCGCGUAUGUUGAAACGUUCAACCAGUUCUUGGUCGAGCUGGAAGGACUGCUGAGGACACCGAAGUCGGUCAACGACACGCUCAGCUACGACGACAUCGACCUCUUUGGACGGCUACGACGUCUCACGAUCGUCAAGAACGUCGUUUGGCCUCCCAAGGUGCGCGCAUAUAUCGAUCACUACGAAACUGUCACGGGCGUUUCCCUCCUCGAUUCCAUCGCCCAGUUUUGAGCUCUGGAGCGACAAUUAGAACGGUAUAUUUUCAAGUAACGUGAAGCAAUUGUCAGUAUAAAAUGAUGCCCUGAUCGUGUUGAGCUGC